CUGAAUUUUUGGUCAACGAUUCCCGGGACACCGUAACACCGGGGCACAUGAAACUUGGUGGGCAUGUAGCCCCAGUAGACUUUUACGGAAAAAUUUCGUUUCGUCCCCGGGGGUCACUCCCCCCCCGCGCUGGCCCCGCCCGAAGCCCAAAAAUUGCAGUUUUUCCUACAUAACUACCUGAACCGUGGCACCGAGGAUGACAAAUUUUUUAUGGUAUGUUGGUCUCAAGAGCUCGGAUCAACUUAGCUUAUAACCAGUCAUUUGUGAAUUGCACCCCCAUGGUAAAAAUUGAAAAUGUAAUGUAAUAUUGCUUUAAUUGCCCCUAUCUUCAGAUGAGAUGCUAUGAACUGCACCAAAUUUCAUGUGUAUGAUUAACCUGACACCCUCUGGGAGUAUGCCAAGUUUUGUGGACUUUCAUCCAUGGGGGGCUAUAAUAAAUGUAUUUAUGUGUGCAUUUAGUGAAUGGUCCCUCAACGUGGCUGCUCUACACUGAAGCCUAGAAUGGCCCCAUGGCCCCAUGUAGCUGUGUCACUGGCACCCCCGUGGCUACCCUGUGCUUACCAAAUAAAACAAUUAUGUAUUUAUUACGAUUUUAUAUGAGAACGUCAAAAGCAGAACUAAUGCAACCACGUUCAAACACUGCAGCCUGCUGCCACUGGUGUGUGGCGCUGGCGCUGCUCAGUGAAUGAUAGAUCAGACCAGAGAGAAGAAGACAAACGAAGAAGAUGGAGUUGUGAUUUCUCAGUUCCGAAUGGCGGCCAUAUUGGAAUUUUCUUUACUGUCGCUAGUUUCACACUACUUGAUUUCUCAUGUUGCAGUAAGCUAAACGAUUUCAUCUCUUACGUGACUUGUUGUUCUUGCAGAUGCGAAUAGCCUACAAUGUCAGUACUCAAACCACCAGUAGCAGGCUUAGGACUAGAGUUUGCCAGUCAGACCACUACACCUUUGCCAGCACCACCACCCAGCAAGCUUCAUCAACUCCAGCCAUGCCGAGUUUACCAAUCAGACCUACACCUCUGUCAAAUUCGCUCACAACGCUGCCAGUAACACCCCAGCAAGGUGUGUGCAGUCUCUCCUCCUCUGUGCCACGUCAGUUCCAUGUGGUGAAGGAACACAGGAACUGGACAGAAGCUCAGCAGUACUGCAGAGAGAAGUUCACUGACCUCGCCACCAUAGACGACAUGACAGAGAUGGAGAAGGUGAACAGUCUGAUCCGUGAAGCAGCUGCUGGAAAUGCUUGGAUUGGACUGAAGAAGGGAAGCAGUUCUAAGUGGCAGUGGUCUCUGGCUGACAGGGAUUUCUAUAGAGAGAAUGAAAUAGAGUUGUUCUGGGAUGAUCAAGGUGGUCAACCAGAUCAAGGUGGUAAAGACAACUGUGUCUUUGUCAAGGGAGCAAAUGGGAAAUGGCAUGACUCUGGGUGUAACCUUAGUAAGGACUUCAUCUGCUAUGAUGGGGGAAACUCCAAAACCUAUGUGCUGGUUACUGAUAUAAAGAACUGGACAGAUGCUCAGAGAUACUGCAGAGAACAACAUACAGACCUGGUCAGUGUGAGGAAUCAGACAGAGAACGACCAGAUAGAGGAUGUUAGUGGAGAUAGAGAUGCCUGGAUCGGCCUGUUCAGAGAUGCCUGGAAGUGGUCAGAUGGCAGCAGCUCCUCAUUCCGUUACUGGAAGUCUGGAGAACCCAAUAAUCCAGAUGAGUCAUGCGCUCAAAUUAUGUCCAGUGGUCAGUGGAACGAUGCAGGCUGUAAUCAUCCUGGUCACUUCAUCUGCUAUGAAGACAAGCUGGUUCUGGUCCGUGAGAAUAAGACCUGGAGAGAGGCGCUGCAGUACUGCCGAGAGCACUAUGUGGACCUGGUGUCUGUGUCGUCUGAGCGGGUCCAGCGCUGGGUGAGUGAGCGGGCUAAAGGAGCCUCCACUGCUCACGUGUGGGUGGGCCUGCUCCACUCCUACGGUGUGGGCUGGUACUGGGUCUGUGGACAGACCGUCUGCUACAGCAACUGGACCCAAGGGCACGAGCAAGUGGAGUCCUUCCAUCAAGGAGUCGGGGCAGUGGAGUCUGGAGGGGGGCAGUGGGUCAGCAACCUGACUAAGACCGACCAACUCAACUUCAUCUGCACCACUGAGGAUGGUUGUGACUGAAUCCUCCUCAGUCCAGAGCAGGCUUGGAGAAACUCCUGUGGGUCCUCCAGCUCCCAACCAUCUUCAUCUUCAUCUUCAUCUUCACCACUCAUUUAAUCAUAAGCAACUUUACAGAACAUUAUGUUACUAUUGACAUUAUAUUUCCUCUUCCGGUGUACUAAUAAGUGAAGCAAUUGAUACAGUUCAAUUCUGCAAUUUUAAUGUAUUGUGUUUGUUAACCAUAAUGUUAUGCUUUGACAGUACAAUUCUUUGUUUUAGAAUUAAGUAUAGAAUUCUGUGCAUAGAAUUCUGCGCAGAAUUCCCAGAAUAGAAUGUUUUCUGUUCUGUACUUGGCUGAUAAGCAGGUUUAACCUUUCUAGUCCACUGUGAUAAAUGUAGCCUACAAAUGGGCAAAUAUA